AUGCCUUUCACUGCCUCUGAUAUCUGCAAGAUCAUCUUCGCCAUCAUCCUGCCCCCUCUGGGUGUCUUCCUGGAGCGCGGAUGUGGUGCUGACCUCCUGAUCAACAUCUGUCUGACCAUCUUGGGUUGGAUCCCCGGUGUUAUCCACGCCUUCUACAUCAUCUUCAAAUACUAG